UCUCUCUCUCUCUCUCGCUCGUCCCACUUUGAAUUCCUUUCUCGCGAUCAAACCAUUCUCUCCUCCUCCUCCCCUCUCCUCCUCAUCCUCCUCUUCUCCGAUCGAAAUCUCUAGGGCUUCGGCCUCUCCUUCGAUUCCCAGAUCCAGAUCUAGGUUUGCCUGGGUCGGAUCUUCGCUCAGACCACGAUGGAUGCGAUGGAGGAGUUGAGCCAACUCUCGGAGUCUAUGAUGCAGGCUGCCGCCCUCCUCGCUGAUGAGGAUGUUGAGGAGGCGUCGUCGAAGAGAGCUUCCACUUUCCUUAACGUCGUUGUGCUUGGGAAUGUUGGAGCUGGGAAAUCGGCGGUGUUGAAUAGUUUGAUCGGGCAUCCUGUUCUGCCUACCGGUGAGAAUGGAGCCACCCGUGCGCCCAUAUUCAUUGACCUGCAUAGAGAUCCCUCCCUCAGUAGCAAGUCGAUCGUCUUGCAAAUUGAUAACAAAUCUCAGCAGGUUUCUGCAAGUGCUCUUAGGCAUUCACUUCAGGACAGGCUAAGCAAGGGUGCAGGAGUGAAUAGUUCAGGAAAAAGUCGCUCUGAUGAAAUUUAUUUGAAGUUACGCACUAGUACAGCUCCUCCAUUGAAGUUAAUUGACUUACCUGGAUUGGAUCAGAGGGCUAUGGAUGAGUCCAUGGUAAGUGACUAUGCUGCACGCAAUGAUGCUAUAUUGCUAGUCAUACUACCGGCUGCUCAGGCGUCUGAAAUUUCUUCUUCUCGAGCUCUUAAACUAGCUAAGGAGUUUGAUUCAGAGGGAACCAGAACUGUUGGUGUUAUCAGCAAAAUUGAUCAAGCAUCUGGAGACCAGAAAAGCCUUGCUGCUGUUCAGGCCCUGCUGUCAAAUCAGGGCCCACGGCUUGCAUCUGAUAUUUCUUGGGUUGCUCUUAUUGGGCAAUCUGUUUCUAUUGCCUCAGCACAAGCUGGAUCUGUAGGUUCUGACAAUUCCUUGGAAACUGCUUGGCGAGCUGAAAGUGAAAGUCUUAAGUCUAUUUUGACUGGAGCUCCCACUAGCAAACUUGGUAGGGUGGCUCUGGUGGAAACUCUUGCUAAGCAGAUACGCAAACGGAUGAAAGUUAGGCUUCCAAACCUCCUCUCAGGGCUUCAGGGCAAAUCCCAAAUGGUGGAGGAUGAGUUAGUAAGGCUUGGGGAGCAAAUGGUACAUUCUUCUGAAGGUACCAGGGCAAUAGCUUUGGAGCUUUGCCGAGAAUUUGAAGAUAAGUUCCUUCAGCAUAUUUCCUCUGGUGAGGGUGGCGGUUGGAAAGUUGUUGCAAGUUUUGAAGGAAAUUUUCCUAAUCGGAUCAAGCAGCUGCCCUUGGAUAGGCAUUUUGAUAUCAACAAUGUCAAAAGGAUUGUGCUAGAAGCAGAUGGUUACCAACCAUAUCUAAUUUCUCCUGAGAAAGGUUUGAGAUCCUUGAUAAAAGGAGUUCUGGAGCUUGCAAAAGAACCAUCACGUCUAUGCGUUGAUGAGGUACACCGGGUGUUGUUAGAUAUUGUUUCUGCUUCAGCAAAUGCAACAUCUGGACUCGGAAGAUAUCCUCCUUUUAAGCGUGAGGUUAUUGCAAUUGCAUCCAAUGCUUUAGAUAAUUUUCGAAAUGAAGCAAAAAAGAUGGUUGUUGCACUAGUUGACAUGGAACGUGCCUUUGUUCCUCCUCAGCACUUCAUUCGUUUGGUACAAAGAAGGAUGGAUAGGCAACGUCGGGAGGAAGAGUUAAAGAACAAAUCUUCAAAGAAGGGGCAUGAGGCUGAGCAAGCCAUUCUAAAUCGAGCAACUAGCCCUCAGACAGGUUCGCAACAACAAGGGGGCAGCUUGAAGUCCAUGAAAGAGAAGCCCAAUCAGAAUGACAAAGAUAAAGAUUCGAAAGAAGGUUCAGCUUUGCAGGUUGCUGGACCUGGAGGAGAAAUUACAGCAGGGUUUUUGUUGAAAAGAAGUGCCAAAACAAAUGGGUGGAGCAGAAGAUGGUUUGUUCUGAAUGAGAAGAGUGGAAAGCUUGGAUACACUAAGAAGCAGGAGGAGAGGCAUUUUCGUGGUGUCAUCACUUUGGAGGAGUGCAAUAUAGAAGAGGUUCCCGAUGAGGAAGCAACUACCAAAAGUUCUAAAGAGUCAAAAAAGGCAAAUGGACCUGAUUCUGGAAAAGGUUCUAGUCUUGUAUUCAAGAUUACCAGCAAAGUUCCAUACAAGACGGUUUUGAAAGCUCAUAGUGCUGUUAUAUUGAAGGCGGAGAAUAUGGCUGACAAAACUGAGUGGGUUAACAAGAUUACCAAUGUUAUUCAACCAUCAAAGGGGGCCACUGGCAAGGGGGCACCUUCUGAAGUAGGUCCUUCCAUGAGGCAGAGCCUUUCAGAUGGUUCGUUGGACACAAUGACAAGAAGACCUGCUGAUCCAGAGGAAGAACUUAGAUGGAUGUCUCAAGAAGUUCGUGGCUAUGUAGAAGCUGUUCUAAACAGCCUUGCUGCAAAUGUUCCCAAGGCUGUUGUGCUUUGUCAAGUAGAGAAAGCGAAGGAAGACAUGCUGAACCAAUUAUACAGCUCUGUCAGUGGGCAAAGCACAGCAAGGAUUGAAGAGCUGCUUCAAGAGGAUCAAAAUGUCAAGCGUAGACGUGAGAGGUUUCAAAAGCAGUCCUCUAUUCUUUCCAAACUAACUCGUCAACUAAGCAUUCACGACAACCGUGCUGCUGCGGCUAGCUUUUCUAAUGGGGCCACAGGAGCAGAAAGCAGCCCACGAACAAGCGGUCCAGGUGAAGAUUGGCGAUCUGCAUUUGAUGCAGCAGCAAAUGGACCAUUGGACCACUCCAAUUCCUAUGGUGAUUCAAGGUCCAACAGCAAUGGCCACAGCCGACGUUACAGUGACCCUGCUCAGAAUGGUGAUGCGAAUACUGGACCAAACUCUGGCAGCCGUCGCACCCCAAAUCGAUUGCCACCGGCCCCACCAGGCUCAUCAGCACAUAGAUAUUAGGCUGCUGUUUAUCCGUUCGACAGCGCUAUUGUUUCCUGUAUUCUUAUUGGGUGCGCAUCUCCUUGUGCUCUUGACUUUUUUGGGUUAGCUAUUUCCCUGUGUUUCUUUUUUUUACAGCGGAUGUGUAUCCUACUUAUAAGAUGACUACCUACCAUUCAUUAUAUGGAAAUAUAUUAGUAUCGUUUUUUUUUGUU